UUUUUGUCUAUUUUUAACACACACACACACACACACAAUUACGCACACAGAAACAAAGCACACGGGCAAGUGAACGUUGAUACUGUCGAUAAUUGCACACACAGCAGAGCUGGGAAUUCCCACUGUGGCUGACACAUCUGCUCACAUCUUAUCAUCCUCAUCACCGAGCGUCAAAAUAAUCAUAUUUAAUCUUCCAAAAAAAGGGAAAACAAGGAUAUUGGAUAAAGAAAAACUGAACAAAGUCCCACAACAGAUAACAAUCAAACCAAAGUAACACUUGACUAUCUAAAAGUGGAGACAAACUAUGAGCUGUGAGUAAGACGUGGAAAAUGACACCUGACAAUGAUAAAGACAACUGACGACUAUGACGUGGCAAAGGACAUGAGACGACGACAAUGGACUGAAAGAAACCAGGGAACUAAAUACAAACAAAUUGACGAGACAACGAGGAACACCUGGACAAGACACGCGUGGCUGGAGAGAGCCGAUUGGUCGACGAGAACAGGUGGACACGACAACCUCAUGAGCACACGACAAACAUGGAACAAAACACACACCAUGACACAGCUAGCGUUUCUUUCUCCAAUAAUGUGGCUGUAGUUUGCUGUCUGCAAAGACAGCCCAUAAUACUCGGUCGGGGCCGUUUACCUGAGUUGCGAGGAUGAAAAUAGCAUCUUUAUGAACUAUAACCAAAGUAAUGUGCAUUGAUUGAAAUGACUGCUGUUGCAAUUCUGACACCCCGAAUGUUACGGCCUGCGAGUGUACACGUGCCUUGGAAUCUUGUUUGCUUGACAUUGUGAUCGGUGAGUGUUUCCCUUCAUAUCGCUGAACAAGCCAAAGCGCGGUCAAAGGUCAGCAAAAGAGAGUUGUCGCGUGCCUUGCAGAUGCAGCAGUCGGCCGCCUGGGUGGCGCUGUCCACUCGUGUGGUGCUGAAAGGCAGCCCCCCUGUCUGAUGACGUACCUCAGCUAUUUCUUAUUUGAUGGAACAUGAGGCUUGGUUUUUCACCUUUGUCAGUGAAUAUUUCUAGUACAGCCAGGAUCUACUAACCUUCUACAUUGUACAUAUGGUCCUAUUUCUGAGAGGACAUUUGACUAUAUCAUAAUAAUGAAGAUAGUAUCGUUUAGUGGUAUCUUUGUGCAACUCCCCUCCCCUCCCCUUUGCGCCACAGACCUCCAUCCGGGUACUUUCAACGCAGGGUGUGAGCAGGAUUAUUUCAAUCGCCGAUGACGUCAUGCACGCUGCCUGCACUUGCGCUCAUCAGCCACUAGAAGGCGAUAAUCAACCUCGUCUGCGCUUUAAAUAGACUUCAGUGAAGCUUGAAUUGCUGUUGCGCUUCUUUAAAUAUUACAAAAAAACUUAAAAUAUCAUUUUUGUUCGUAAUACAUUAUUCUAAAUAGUUUUAUUCCAAUGAAUACUGCCAUAUAGUCUUUCAAUAUUUGUACUUGAAUACAAUUAAAGACAAUCUAUGAAGUCAUCUUUAUCCGCUGAUGUAAAUAUGAAGUACGAGUUAGCAUUUUGCCCAAAUAUUAAUAGCCUUGUGAACGCAUCAAAUAAAAUGCAUGAUGUAUCGUUGGUAUUGUCAGAUAAAAAUUGUAUUUGAGUGGCAUAAUAAUCAUGCGUUGUGACGUCACGUUUCAAUGUGUACUUCGUGAAUAGAAAUAGAGGUAUGGAAAUAAAGUCAUUUGAUAUUACCUUAAGACUUUCUUUGCUUCAAUAUUUAAUUAAGAUAUGUACUUUCAAUGAUUUGGACUUGUAUUUUGAAGUAUGUUAAUAAAAUUAAAGACACUCUAUGAAGUCAGCGUGCAUCCACUCAAUAGAAAUAGGCAUGAGUGGAUUUAAUUUCAUUUGAGUUGAUCAAUAUUGAUGGCCUUUAUACACGUUAAAUUGCAUGAUGUUGUUGAAUUGGUCUUAGGUAAUAUUAUAUUUGAGUGGCGUAAUCAUGUUUGUAUUAUAUGCAAUAACAUAUCAAUGCAUGUUUAUGAAGAAGGUAAUGAGAUAUUAAAUUCAUGUUUCAAUAUUUAUAGCUCUGUAAUGAGAAAUAUACGAUACUGUGUGGUAUUUUCGACCAACAUUAAAAUACAUAGUUUUUUAAUUGAUGUUGUUCAGUAAAAUUUGAGUGGCAUAAUAAUUCAUAAUAUAUUACGUAUGUUGUGACGCUACAUACGUUUAAAUUCAUAACAUUAAUAUAACUUUAAUAAUAAUAUUAAUAGCAUCAUAUUAAACUUUGAAAAUAACGGAUUGUAAUAUUGAAUUAGCAUUUCGUUGCAAGAUUUAUAAAAAAAAAAUUCUAGUCAUAUUUUACUUUAAAGACAACUUACAAACUUUCAUAAUGGCCUUUGAAUACAAAACAAAUACAAACUUUGAGUGGCAUAAUCAUAAUAAUACGUCACAUUUUAUAAUAUAUUCAUAUUAUAAAUGUCAUAUUUCUACCAUCGUGUAAUACAUUUUGAAAGUAUCGUGAUGUUAAAUGAGCGUUUUGAUUGUUUUCGAGUUGUAAAUUGUGACUUAAAUGAAAAGAUGUUGACGAGCGCGAUAUACGAGUGGCAUAAUAAUGAAUUGGGGCUGACGUCACUGCAGUGGGGGGGGAGGGGGGGGCGGGGCGGUGUUGUGUGCGACGUCACUGCAGUGCAGGCGCGUCCCCGGUUGGCCGGGGCGCCUUCCGACCGUCGGCCAAUGAGAGCGCGAGCUGUACAAAGAGAUCUGGCCGCCCGGCAUCUUUUUGUCGGCACAACGGAGAGCGCGCGGCGGCUCGAUGCACACAAAGCAUGAAUCUCCCUUUUCCGCUGGGCGGCGGAUUUGCUCUUUCAGAGGAUUUCCGAUUGCGUUGACUGGAGGCUGUUUUCAUUUGAUUGAAUUUUUUUGCCUUUGACUGGAAUAAUGUGGCCCAAAUUGCUGCGGUGGUGCCACCUCGUCUCCCUGCUGUGGGGCACAAUAGACGGGCACGGCCGCUACAGCAUCCCGGAGGAGUUAAAACGGGGCUCGCCGGUGGCAAAUCUGGCCAAGGAUUUGGGUUUGGCGCUUUCUGAACUGAGUCGACGCAAGCUGCGGAUCGCGUCGGAGGCCGGUCAGCGUUUUUUCAGCGUGGACCUCGCGAAGGGAGACCUGCUGGUGACGGAUCGGAUAGACAGAGAGGAGCUGUGCGGACAAAGGGCGGCGUGCGUGCUGCCGUUGGAGCUGCUUCUCGACGAGCCCUUGCAACUGCACACGCUCCACAUUGAAAUAUUGGACACGAACGACAACUCUCCGAGUUUUCUGACCAAGGAAAAAAUCUUGCAAAUAGCAGAGCUGGUGAAUCCGGGCGCGCGGUUUCCCUUAGAAAGCGCACAAGACCCCGACGUCGGCCCGAAUUCUGUGCGCUCCUAUCUUAUCAGCAAAAAUGACCAUUUUAAAUUGGCUGUCAAAAGCCACAAAGACGGCAGAAAAAUCCCUGAACUCGUGCUCGAAAAGCCUCUCGAUCGCGAGAAGCUGCCCGUCCAUCAUCUCGUCCUCACGGCUGCGGACGGGGGCGACCCGGUCCGGUCGGGCACGUCGGAAAUCACCGUCACGGUCCUCGACAACAACGACAACGCGCCCCAGUUUGAGCGGCAGCUUUACGAGGCCAGCGUGGGCGAGAACGCGACUCCGGGCGCGCGGAUUCUGCAGGUGACCGCGACCGAUGCGGACGAAGGACUCAACGGGGAAAUUGAAUAUAGUUUUGCCGAGCAAACGUCAGAAGACAUUCUCGCGUUAUUUCGCAUUGAAGCUGCGACCGGGGCUGUGACGGUCGGAGGGGAUUUCGACCACGAGACGACUUCUUUACACAGGUUUGACAUUACCGCAAAAGACAAAGGCAAUCCCAAAAUGGAAGGCCACAGCGGCGUGGAAAUCAAAAUAGUCGACGUGAACGACAACGCUCCCGAAAUCAUCCUGACGUCAUUAACGAGUCCGGUGCCGGAGGAUUCGGCCAUAGGAACAGUCGUUGCUCUCAUAAGUACAAGAGACCCUGACUCCAAAGACAACGGCAAAGUUACGCUGCGUCUGUCCUCCGAAUCGCCCUUCCAAUUAAAGGGCGACUCGGCCUCCAACCGCUACUCGUUAGUGACGAACGAGCCGCUGGAUCGGGAAAGAAAUCAACAAUACAGUGUGGAGUUGAGCGCCACCGAUGAUGGAAACCCUCCGCUAUCCAGCGCCAAACAAAUUGUAGUUCAACUUUUCGAUGUAAAUGACAAUGCGCCAGUUUUCUCCCAGCCUCAUUAUAAUAUUUAUCUCAACGAAAAUAGCGCUCCAGGCCAUAUUUUAUGUUCGGUGUCGGCCAGCGACCCGGACGCCGGCCAGAACGCCAAAGUGUCCUACUCCCUGCUGGAGACCAAGGCGGCCGAGGCGCCGGCGGCGUCGUCGUCGGCGUACGUUUACGUCAACGCGGAGAACGGCAGCAUCUACAGCAUGCGCUCGUUCGACUACGAGAAGGUCAAAGUGUUUGAGGUCGGGGUCGAGGCCAAGGACCGGGGCUCUCCGUCUCUCAGCAGCAACGCCACCGUCCACGUUUUCAUCCUGGACCAGAACGACAACGCCCCCGCCGUCAUCUACCCCUCCCCCCACGCCGCCUCCCACCUGAGGGCGCCCCGCUCGGCCAAGGCGGGCCACCUGCUCACCAAGGUGACGGCCGUGGACGCCGACUCGGGCCACAACGCCUGGAUCUCCUACAAAGUGGCGGAGGCCACGGACGCCUCUCUGUUCGCGCUCAGUUUGUACACGGGGGAGGUGAGGACCAAACGCGCCGUGUCCGAGCACGACGACUCCUCUCAGAGGCUGAUCGUGGCGGUCGAGGACGACGGGGAACCGGUCCGCUCGGCCACCGUCACGCUGUCCAUCCUGCUGGAGGACGCCGCCGCGAGCGAGCCCGCCGCCUCGGAGCCGCUCGGACGCGACUCGCCGCCCGAGCCCCGCGAGAAAGGCGGCGUCGGCAGAAUCACGCUUUACUUGAUCGUGUCUCUGGCCUCGGUGUCCGUGCUGUCUCUGCUCGCGUUGCUCACCUUGGCCGUCAAAUGCGCCAGGAGCGGCGGCGCCGGACGCGCGCGCUGCGAGCGGGACGAGAAGCCCGACAGAAAUCUGCACAUUCAGCUCAACGCCGACGGACCCAUCAAGUACGUGGAGGUUCUGGGAGGAGACGUCAUGUCUCAGAGUCACUCCUUCAGGUCCUGCAUGUCUCCCGUGUCAGAGUACAGCGAUUUCACGCUGCUCAAGCCCAGCAGCACCGCCGACUUCAAGGAGGUCAUCGGCGUGCUGGAUGCCUCUUUGCCGGACAGCGCCUGGACCUUCGAGAGCCAGCAGUUGCCCCCCAAAAGCCAUACAAUACUCGAAAGGGGAGAGAGGAGCUGUGUCUUUAAGAGGGAACGAGGAUCAGCUCGCCUCUCAUUGGCUGGUGGAAGCGCGGCCAGUGAGCCAAUAGCAUUGAAGACUGUACAAAGCAAUCUCGUCCCUGCCCCCCACGCAGCUUCGUCUCACCAACACGUCGAAUGCACCGAGAGAAAGGAAUCGGCUCGGUUUGCUCGUUUGCUCGUUUGCUUUUUCCCACCUCGAAACGACAAACAUUUCGUGGCUCCGCUCCGAUGGCUUGAGGGGCCGCUCGCGGAAAUCUUGCCCGUUUGUACGGACGUCAGAGUCGCCGUGGAGAGGAUGUGUGCGUCGUAAGGCAGGAUGACAAAGACAAUAGGAUCCCGAGACUGGCGACGGCAGGCUCUUUUGUGGCAUUUUCUCUUGUGGACUACGGCGGGUGCGCAGACUCGUUACAGCAUCCCAGAGGAGCUCAAGCGAGGUUCGGUGG